AUGCGUCGUGCGGCAGUGGUAGCACUCCGCUCAGCGCGCCGGGCAGCCUUCCGCAAGCUCAUCAACAAGGCGCCUUUAUCAUCUGCUUCGAGCCAUUAUGUUGUGACCGCCCCUUUCUCGCUGGCCGCCCGCCGCUACAGCACAAAACGUCAUAUAAUACAGUCGUCGAUGUGGUUACCAAAGACUCCUCUCGCCAUCGCAGCUUCUGUCGGAGCACUCGGGGCAUGGUACGCUUAUGGCAGUAACCAGCCCGUUCAACUAAAUGCGCAACCUCCUGUCUCGUCACCACAAACAAGAAGUCUGUCAAGUACCCCUGACAUUGCUCAGCCCACCGCAGAACCCGCAUCGCCGGCGCCUGUGGCGGCUGGACAAGAAUCUAGCCGCAGAGCCCUCGUGGUGGACAACGACCAGUUCUUCACGGGCGAUAUCGUUGGCGAGGGGCCAUUAGCAAAAGAUACAGACGACCACGGGAGAAAAGUGCUUGAGAUGAUGACCCCAGAACAGGCCACCGAGAGAUUGCGACGGAUGGAGCAGUCGUACCUUGUAGGAAGAGGUCGCGGUGUUGUCAGAUAUGACUAUGUACAACUUCCCAGCAACGAUCCGAUCGAAGACGACCAUGCCGAGAAAAUUGUGGAGGUAUCUCAGAAGACCGCCGACGCUGGUGGUGCUCAGUCGUCAGACUGGAUGUUCUGGGGUGUCUUUGACGGUCACUCGGGUUGGACGACCUCAGCGAAGCUGAAACAAGUCUUGAUUCAGUAUGCGGCUCGGGAACUGAACACGACUUACACGGCCGCGCAGGCCAACAAAAUGUCACCGCGGCCCUCGCCUGAAGCUAUUGAUGCAGCAUUAAAGCUGGCUUUUACAAAGCUUGAUCACGAGAUUUGUCACGAAAGCGUCAAAAAGUUGGGCAAGAAUCCCACCAAACGCUUCGCUGCGGAGGUGCUCGCUCCCGCACUUUCCGGCUCAUGCGCUCUCUUGACAUUCUACGACUCCCACAGCAAGAGUCUUCGAGUUGCUUGCACCGGGGAUAGUAGAGCAGUGCUCGGUAGACGAAAUCAGGUCACGGGCAAGUGGUACGCCACACCGCUCUCUGAGGACCAGACUGGCUCCAACCCGAACGAGGAGGCUCGUAUGCGAGCUGAGCAUCCCGGAGAAGCCAGAGUCAUCCAUGCUGGUCGCGUGCUUGGGAACCUUGAACCGACCCGUGCAUUCGGAGACGCGUUCUACAAGUGGUCUCGUGAAACGCAAGACAAGAUCAAGCAACAUUUCUUCGGGCGGACACCGCAUCCUUUGCUGAAGACGCCUCCAUAUGUCACCGCAGAGCCAGUGGUCACUACGACAAAUAUUGAACCGUCCAAAGGCGAUUUCGUGGUCUUGGCUACAGACGGUCUCUGGGAAAUGCUGACCAACGAGGAAGUGGUCGGCUUGGUUGGUCAGUGGGUAGAACAACAGAACAAGGAUGCGAAAAGGACUUCGAGCACGGCCUGGCUGACUAGCUGGUUUAAGUCUACACCUACAUCACUACCGGUCGAAAAGGGGGGGAACAUGGACAAGACGGGCCGCAUCAAUACGGGCAGUGACCCAAAGGAUGCUAUGGAAAAGCCAAUUCGCCAACAGCAGUGGGCCUUGCCUUCAGAGGACAAGGAUCGGUUUGUCGUGACAGACAAGAAUGCCGCCACGCAUCUGGUGCGCAAUGCAUUGGGCGGCAGCAACCAGGAUAUGGUUUGUGCUCUGCUCACGCUGCCGAGUCCCUAUAGCAGGAGAUAUAGAGACGACCUGACGGUCGAGGUUAUUUUUUUCGGCGAGGGCGACGAGUCUGGUAGCUUCCAGGUUAACACUGAGGCCACGAACAAUGGCGGUGCUGAUCUGAAAGCCAAAUUGUGA